UCUUCCACCCAUCAUCCCCCUAUGCACCGAGCAUCUCAGAGAUAACGGUCGUGUGUCUGUGCGCCUUUAAGAGCCGUAUAUCCUGCUGCCCUCUGCACUAAAUCCCCAUCGCUGCUCUGUGAGGGCGAGAGAGAAAAAAAAUAACAGAAAGCCACGGCAAUGUCCGCCAACUCCGCUUUCAACGACGAGAAGGGGGGCUCGUCCAGCGUCGGGGAGCCUGAAUAUGGUCACGACCCGGCGAGCGGAGGGAUUUUCUCCUCCGACUACAAAAGACAUGAUGACUUGAAGGAGAUGCUUGACAGCAACAAAGACUCCCUGAAGCUGGAGGCAAUGAAGCGGAUCGUGGCUAUGAUCGCCCGUGGUAAAAACACAUCAGAUCUCUUCCCUGCUGUGGUGAAAAAUGUGGCCUGUAAAAACAUUGAGGUGAAGAAGCUGGUCUAUGUUUACUUGGUGCGUUAUGCCGAGGAGCAGCAGGAUCUCGCUCUGCUCUCCAUUUCCACCUUUCAGCGAGGGUUGAAGGAUCCGAACCAGCUGAUCAGAGCCAGCGCUCUGCGAGUCCUCUCCAGCAUCCGAGUCACCAUCAUCGUCCCUAUAAUGAUGUUGGCCAUCAAAGAAGCUGCUUCCGAUAUGUCUCCAUACGUCAGGAAGACGGCCGCUCACGCAAUUCCUAAACUCUACAGUUUGGAUCCAGAACAGAAGGACCAGCUGAUUGAAGUCAUAGAGAAACUCCUCGCCGACAAAACUACGUUGGUGGCAGGAAGUGUUGUUAUGGCUUUUGAGGAGGUGUGUCCGGAACGCAUUGACCUGAUCCACAAGAACUACAGGAAGUUGUGUAACCUUCUGAUCGACGUAGAGGAGUGGGGGCAGGUCGUCAUCAUCAACAUGCUGACCCGCUACGCCAGGACCCAGUUCCUCAACCCAAACAUGAACGAGUCCCUGCUGGAGGAGGGAAGCGACAAGACCUUUUAUGGCUCGGAUGAAGAUGAGGACGAGGAGGAGGAGGAGGAGAAAGAUAAGAAGGCAGAGGCUCCUGCCAUGGCCAAGAGGAAGCCGUACGUCAUGGAUCCAGACCACCGGCUGCUGCUGAGAAACACCAAGCCGCUCCUGCAGAGCCGCAAUGCAGCUGUGGUGAUGGCUGUGGCUCAGCUGUAUUUCCAUCUGGCCCCUAAAGCAGAGGUUGGGGUGAUCGCCAAGGCCCUGGUCCGUCUCCUGAGGAGCCACAGUGAAGUCCAGUAUGUUGUUCUUCAGAACGUGGCAACAAUGUCGAUUAAGAGAAGGGGGAUGUUUGAACCGUACCUGAAGAGUUUCUACAUCCGCUCGACAGACCCAACCCAAAUAAAAGUCCUUAAGCUGGAGGUUCUCACCAAUCUGGCCAAUGAGACGAACAUUUCCACCAUUCUCAGAGAGUUUCAGACGUAUAUUAAAAGCAUGGAUAAAGACUUUGUGGCCGCCACGAUCCAAGCCAUUGGCCGCUGCGCUACCAACAUCGGCGAGGUGAGGGACACGUGUCUGAACGGCCUGGUGCAGCUGCUGUCCAACCGAGAUGAGUUGGUCGUAGCCGAGUCGGUGGUGGUUAUUAAGAAGCUGCUUCAGAUGCAACCGGAGAAGCACAGCGACAUCAUAAAGCAUAUGGCCAAACUAACAGACAACAUCCAGGUGCCGAUGGCGCGGGCUAGUAUCCUGUGGCUGAUUGGAGAAUACUGUGAGCAUGUACCGAAGAUUGCCCCGGACGUUCUGAGGAAAAUGGCCAAAUCGUUCACUAACGAAGAGGACAUUGUCAAGCUACAAAUCAUCAAUUUGGCCGCCAAGCUCUAUUUAACCAACUCCAAACAGACCAAACUCUUGACGCAGUAUGUUCUGAACUUGGCGAAGUACGACCAGAACUAUGAUAUCCGUGAUCGGGCGCGCUUCAUUCGCCAGCUCAUCGUGCCCACCGAGAAGAGCGGAGCUCUCAGCAAGUACGCUAAAAAACUGUUCCUCGCCCUCAAACCUGCACCAGUCCUCGAGUCUCCAUUUAAAGACCGAGACCACUUCCAGUUGGGUUCAUUGUCCCACUUGCUGAAUGCCAAGGCUGGUGGCUACCAGGAGUUGCCUGACUGGCCUGAAGCCGCCCCAGACCCCUCCGUGCGCAACGUGGAGGUGAAGGAUUCUGUUUUUACGCUGCUUGAAAGAGUCACAACAUUAACGAGUGUGCCUGAAUGGACCAAAUGCAGCAGCCGAGAGAAAAGGAAGGAGAAGAAAGUAGAGAAGCCGUUCUACUCUGACUCGGAGGGCGAGUCUGGACCGACGGAGUCAGCUGAUAGUGAGUCGGACUCUGCCAGCGGCUCGGAGAGUGGCAGCGGCAUCGAAGAGAGCGGGUCGGGAUCAGAAAGCGAAGAAAGCGAGGAAGGCUCUGAAUCUGAGGAAGAGGAGGAGGAAGAGAAGGAAAAAGACAAGAAGAAGAAAAAGAAAGAAUUAAAGAAGCCAGUGCAAGAAAGCGAAAGCGAGCAGAGCAGUGAAGAAGAAGAGAGGAAGCACGAGAGGAAGAGUAAACAACGUAAGAGCGAGUCAGAGUCUGAAUCGGACGAGGAGGAGGACAGCGAGUCUGAAAGCAGCCAAACGGAGUCUGAAGACUCGGAGUCUGAAGCAGAAGUCAAAAAGAAAAAAAAGGCAGCUGAAUCUAAACCUCCUUCUAAGCCUGUCAAGAAAGACAACAAGAAAGAGAAGAAAGAAAUGUCUCUGCUGGACCUUGAUGAUUUCGAACCUGCGCCCUCUCCUCAAGCCACACCGGUCAACAGCUUCCUGUCCAACAGCCUUGCAACCGACCUGGAGGGAUUAUCUUUGUCUGACGCUGUUCUCUCUCCGGCAACCAUCUCUCCCUCCAGUGCACUGAAGAGCUACGAGAUGCUGCACCGGAUCACUGGCGAGGGUCUGUCGGUGGAGUACUGCUUCAGCCGACAGCCGUUCAGCCCCGACGCCAACAUGGUCGCGGUGCAGAUGCAGUUCACCAACAACGCCACCUCCGACACCAAGAACCUGCACAUGGAGGACGUGAAGCUCCAGUCAGGGAUGAGGGUCAAAGAGUUUCCUGAGAUCGAGCUGCUGCCAGCGGGUGAGAUGGUCACAGCUGUAAUGGGCAUCGAUUUCUGUGACUCAACACAAGCGGCAAACUUCCAGCUGUGCACUCACACCAGGAAAUUCUUCGUGUCGAUUCAGCCGCCGGUCGGGGAGCUGAUGAGGCCCGUCUUCCUAACAGAAAAUGAGUUUAAAAAGGAGCAAGAGAAGCUAUUACUAGGUCAGCUGAUGGGUAUGAACGAGAUCACGGAGAAGAUAACCCUGGACGUGAAGUGCCGGAACGAACACUCCAUCGUCCAGAGGGUGAUCACCGCCGCCAACCUCAGCAGAGUCCCCUGUGGCUCAGAUAAAGAGUGCAGUCCUCCUGUUCCUCCUCCUGAUCAUCCUGUCCACAGGUUCGCUGGCAGGACGGUGACCAGCAGCAGCCUGGUGUUGGUCACCGUGGCGACCAAAGAGGAAGGAGCCGCCAAGCUGACGAUCAACUGUGAGAAAAUGGUGAUCGGCACGAUGCUGGUGAAGGACAUCCUCCUGGCCCUGACGCAGUGACGCGUGACGUUUAGCCCUCUGCCCCCUCACCUCAACGCACCUCUCUCAUAUCAUCCAUCACACCUGUAGCAUCUCCUCCGCUCUCCUCUUAGCAGCGGUAGCGAGGAAGUUUCCAGAACGUUUAACCCCAGCUUGUUUGUUUUUUCGAAGAGCCCUCUACUGUUAUAAAUUACUCCUAUAUUCACUGAAUGCCACAGCUGUACAUGACAUUUACGACAAUCCCUCUCUCCGUUUUAAAGUUUCUUACAUGUCAUUAUUUUAAAAUACGUAUUUUGCAAUGUGUUUUACUUCCUUACAGAGCCAAUUGGAUGUAUUGGACUCCCAAUUUCUGAGUCAACUCAAAAGAGAAAGUAUUUGUGCAUCUUUUAAACCUUAAAUCGACUUAAAAUGAAAAGUAGCUCCCAUCUAGUUACAUCGGAGUGUGAAAUAAUUGUGCAGAAUUUGCUCACUGGAUAAACAGGACAUUAGGUGAGCUUAAAGGUUUCAAGCAUGACAAAACACAAGGUCCACUUACUUAAUGCUUUCGAAGCUCUCAACCACAUCUUGUGGCCUUUCUCUCAGCAGAUAGUUAUUCACUUGUCAUUGACUGAGAACAUAAGACAAUGUAAACAGAUAAUAAAAAAUGCUAGAAUUCAUAAAACCUUUUGCACAGGAAAGUUAAUAUUAAAGCGUAGCUACAGUGCAGUGCAAGAUAUGAAUGAAUAGUCCCACAUGUUUUUUAAUAAAAUGCAAUAGCUAACAACGUUUUAAGCCUUGAAGUAAAAAACAUUUGGAGAGUUUUCUGGGAGUUUGUUCCAGAUAAUGUGGUGCAAAACAAAAAUGAAUGCAUGCUGUUUAGUUUGACUGUGGGAUCAGUAAGAUGACCUGAGACGUCUGGACAGUUUACUAGGUAGCAGCAGAUCAGAGAUGUACACUGGAAACAAUGGGCUUAAAACUGGUCACAGCAUCAACUGGGAAGAGGUCAAAGUCAUCGAUGACCCAUUAACCUCCAAAAUACGACAUCAAGUAAUGAUGUGAUAAUGUUGCAACGGAAAAGAACAAAGUUAUUGAACCUUGUGUCAAAACAAAAGGUCUUUCUCUUAAUUCUAAAAUACAUAAAAAAAUGAUCCACACAUAAAAUUGAGCUUAUUUUCUUUAGAAAUAAGGUGCCCAAGUAAGUAAUUCUUAUUCUUUGACAAGUGGAUGCCCAAAUCUGUCACACCAAUUUAGCUUGUUAUUAGCUAUCACACUAAUUUAAUAUUGUAGAUAUAAGUAAUAGAUGAUAUACUGUAGGUUUAAAAUUCCCCCCAAAACUCGUCGACACAAUAAAACACAGACUGUAAGAUGAAGGCUCGACAGAGACAACAACUACCUAUGACUGAAUCAUUCCAUUUUGGCACAAUAAACUUUGUUAAUCAAUAACUCAACUGCUCCUGGGAAUAAAUCUUCAUAUCAAAUUCUGCGAUUUUAAGCACCUGCCUCGCUGUCAUAAUGCACAUGUUCAUUACAAUAAGUGGGGCAUUUAUAAAACCUGAAGAUGUAUAAAUGUUAUUGUAUGUAUUGCAACAUAUAAUACAGUACUUAUAUACAGUAAGUAAGGUGUGGUGUGUGUGAGUGUGAUGACACUGAAUAUUGACCCGCUGAACUAGCUGUUUUCAAAAUGACUCAAAAUGACACUUGACUUGAAAUCAUCAUGAAGCACAUAAUAAUCAACACUGGACGCUAAGGAAGAAAUAAUGGCUUUAAUGACUGCCACACAUACUACAUAGAUUUAAAAAUCUUUAAUCUUACAUUCAAUUAUAGAUUCAUAAAUUUGCACGGAAAAAAACUACGGCAUAAUUGAUUAUUAAUACAUAAUUGUUGCAGAUUUAGAAAAUCUUCUAAAUUACUGACACAAAUGUACUUAUUAGUCCCCAAAUUCUAGGGACUCAACUAACAAUUAUUUUCAUUAUUGAAUAAUCUGCUAAUUAUUGUCUUGAUACACUGAUUUAUAGUUGGUUCAUAAAAUGCGAAAAAUAUCAGUUUCCAUCAUUGUUAAAGGUCUUGUUUUGUACAACAAGUCCCCAAAACCCACAAAUCUUUAGUUUAAUAACAGGACAUUAAGUAAACCAGCAAAUAUUUACAUUUGAGAAGCUAGAAUUCUCAAAUGAAAAAUAGAAUUUGGGCUUGAAAAAUACUAAACCAGUUAUCAAAAUAGCUGCUGAUUAAUUUUCUGUCAAUUGACUAAUCAUUUUACCUUUACCAAAUUCACGAUUGAAACUUCGGCCUUAAAACAACCUGAAUUUUUAAAUUAUUAGUUCAAUGUUAGCAAAUACUUGUUUCUUGCCGAGAGUUGGAUGAAGAAGAUCGAUGACACCACACUCAUGUUUGUACCGUUAGCUUCACGUCAAGGCACGGUUAGCUCAGCUUAGCACAGCUAGCAUUCCAGCUAGCUCUUUCCAAAAGUAGCACUAUUUGUUGUUUUUACACUAAGUUUUUGUAUUGAUUAAACAAACAGGAUAUCAAGUGUCAAUAAUUAGUGCGCUGUAGAGGUUCUGGCAGACAUUGUUACUUUUGGACAAAACAGGCUAGCUGUUUGCCCGUUUCCCGUUUCCAGUCUAAGCUAACGGGAUACGCUAGCUACACAUUUACCAUACAGACUUAAAAGAGUGGUAUCAAUCCGACAGCAGUUUCUAUUCAUAUACAUUUAGGUUUAAACUGUAGCCUUCCCUGCUAAAACACCUACUGUAAACAUAAAAACACAUAAACAAACUUUCACUAAAACAUGGUUUCCAUUUGACUCUAUGUAAAGGUGAGUGUUUAGUUUAUGAGAAUAAACUGUAAUACCUAUAGAUUAUAAUUGAAAUAGUGCUCAUGAUCAUUUCAAACAUUCUCUCUUUUUCUCGUUUGUCAGACGAGACUGUUUUCAUGCCUUUUUAUUAUGUUUCGUUUUCAGGUUGUGUGGGUUUUCUUGUGUUAUGGACCCUCAUGUGUCCAGAAGCUGCAUGUUUCUCAUCUUUAACACAUAAUCUGUGUAUUUAUUUAUUUAUUUAUUUAUUUAUUGUUUCUUUACUGUUGGGAAUUGUGUUUAACCAAAGGAGUACAUUGCAGUCAAACUUCAGCCCUCGUCAUAGAAAACUGAGCCGUAGCAGCAGUGGACGGUUUCAUUUUGGCCUUUUUUUGUACCUGUUGCAUUGUUUACCAUUAAACCACUCAGACCUGGAAUAUUAACUGCAUCACAGUCAUAAUGAAGAAUGUAAAGAAAGUCUACUUUUAAUGUAAAAAUCAACUGAAAACUGCUUUCACAGAAAUGGUUGGAUAAAAUCAUUUAAUUCAUGGCUGGCAAUUUGUUUUAUCUGCAUCGGCUUUUAAAUAUCCAAAGUAUGUUUUAUUCAUACUCAGUGUGGUUGUGAAAUGUGGUCCUGAAGUAUUACAAGUUUAUUUAUUAUACAAAUAAAAAAUACAGAUA